UCUCUCUCUCUCUUCCGUCUAUCUAUUCAGCACCACAAUCGUUCCCUUUCUUCCACCAAAUUCUCUCUUCUCUUUUCUCACGUUGAUGUUGUUGUGAGAAACUUUUAGGGUCAGUAAAGUCAAGUGAUAUAUCGCACACAGCCCCCUGCUAUUAUAGUGCUGGCCUCAAAAUAGAGACCCUGCCAUGAUAUUCCAGACAUUACUUCAGUUCUAAUCCUGCUGGCAGGGAAGACGCUCUGUUUCUCACAGCUUUUGCGCUCAGUCGUCGAGGAGAUCGUUGUCGCUGGGGCGUUUCGAAUAUUCAGGAGCUUGGUGCUCGUCGAGGGAGUCAUUGCGGUUGGCAAGUUUGUAGUUUCCAUGAUUUUCCACCGGACGGCGAAAUCGUAGAACGAUACCAGUAAAUUCUGCUUCAUCUUGUUAAGGACGGACCCGUCAUGGAUCGAUUUGUGCCAAGCUUAUUAGCGGUUCUUUGUCUGAUCGUCUCUCUUCAGUGCUCAACGGCCCGCCGCCGAGGACCCUACCAAGAAACAACAAAUUGUGGAUUCCAGAGAGCAGACCUGGCUCCUGAGUUAAUGAUCACCGGAGGCCGCAUAGCCCAAGCGGGAGAAUGGCCGUGGCAGGUGGCUUUGCUGUACGAAGAUUCCUUUCUCUGCGGCGGACAACUUAUCGUAGAGGACUGGGUCUUGACUGCAUCGCAUUGCAUCACCCACUUGAACAACCCAAUGGGACACAGUAUCAUGAUGGGUAGCAUCCACCUCAACAACUUCACCGAUGGGAGAUACACGCAGGUCAAGGAGGUCCUUGAAAUCUUUCCUCAUCCGAACUACUCUACGCUCAUCAGCGACUUUGAUCUCGCCCUCCUGCACCUAGCGGAACCUUUCGAGCUGACAGACUAUGUCCAGACCAUCUGCCUUGCCAAGGAAGGCAUGGAAGAGAUCUAUGAACCUGGUACAGCCAUGUGGGUGUCCGGAUGGGGCGCCAAACAAGAUAUGGGUGGACUUCCUAAAACCUUGCAUGAAGUGGAGAUUCCUAUGGUAGACCAUGAGCAAUGUCGGGUCAUGUACAUAGGUGAAGAUAAUAUCACACCCAACAUG